UUGCAUUUUUGUAUUCACAAAGUACAUGCCAAUCACUAAAAACCGUAACCGUAUAUUGCAAGUAGUUAAAAGAUUUGGCAGAUUCCGUCUCUAAUUCAAUAAUGUUGUUAAACAGUACGUCACAACUUUUAUAGUAAUUAAUUAACUACGAAUUUAAUUGGUUAAGCCGGAAUCAAAAGUCAACCCUAAGCAUCCUCUUCAUUCUUUUAAUAGACACAAGAGACAACAAUUUUUCUUAUUCGAAUCUUGCUUUCCUUCUAAGGUCUCUCAACAUGUCUGGAGCUAUAACAUGCUCCGCAGCCGAACUCUCCGCUCUGCUCGGCCCCAACGCCACGGCCGCGGCUAACUACAUCUGCGGCCAACUAGGCACCGUCAACAACAAGUUCACCGAUGCAGCCUACGCCAUAGACAACACCUACCUCCUCUUCUCGGCUUACCUCGUCUUCGCCAUGCAGCUUGGCUUUGCCAUGCUCUGUGCUGGCUCCGUUAGAGCCAAGAAUACAAUGAACAUCAUGCUCACAAAUGUCCUUGACGCUGCAGCCGGAGGAAUCUCUUACUAUCUCUUUGGUUACGCCUUUGCUUUUGGCGAGUCCUCCGGUGGAUUCAUUGGAAUACACAACUUUGGUCUUAAAAACUACCCCACUUCUUCCUCGGACUACUCCUUCUUCCUAUACCAAUGGGCGUUUGCAAUCGCAGCCGCUGGGAUUACAAGCGGAUCAAUAGCUGAGAGGACUCAGUUUGUGGCGUACUUGAUAUACUCUUCUUUUUUAACUGGUUUUGUUUACCCGGUCGUGGCGCACUGGUUCUGGUCCCCCGACGGAUGGGCUAGUCCCUUCCUUUCAGAAAACCGCUUGUUUGGUACCGGAGCCAUUGACUUUGCUGGCUCCGGUGUUGUUCACAUGGUUGGUGGUAUUGCUGGAUUAUGGGGUGCCCUUAUUGAAGGUCCUAGAAUCGGCCGGUUCGAGGAAGGGGGCCGCGCUAUUGCUCUGCGCGGCCACUCUGCCUCGCUUGUCGUCUUAGGAACCUUCUUACUCUGGUUCGGUUGGUAUGGUUUCAACCCCGGUUCCUUCACCAAGAUUCUUAUUCCUUACGAAUCUGGUUCCAACUACGGCCAAUGGAGCGGAAUUGGUCGAACAGCGGUUACAACCACGCUCUCCGGAUGUACUGCGGCUCUAACAACGCUCUUCGGCAAACGCUUCUUAUCAGGUCACUGGAUGGUAUCUGACGUUUGCAACGGGUUACUUGGCGGGUUUGCGGCCAUAACCGCAGGUUGCUCUGUGGUAGAGCCAUGGGCAGCGAUUGUCUGCGGCUUCAUUGCUUCCAUCGUCCUUAUCGGAUGCAACAAGCUCGCAGAGCUCUUAAAGUAUGAUGAUCCGCUUGAGGCCGCACAGCUACAUGGAGGGUGCGGUGCAUGGGGGUUGAUAUUUGUAGGACUUUUUGCAAAUGAGAAAUAUGUAAACGAGGUAUACGGAGCCAGCCCAGGAAGGCAUUACGGACUGUUUAUGGGCGGAGGAGGGAAGCUAUUGGGAGCUCAGCUGGUUCAGAUAGUUGUGAUUGUGGGAUGGGUUAGUGCCACAAUGGGAACACUCUUCUUCAUCCUUAAACAGCUCAAUUUGCUAAGGAUCUCGGCGAAUGAUGAGAUGAGAGGAAUGGAUAUUGCCCGUCACGGUGGUUUUGCCUAUAUAUACCAUGAUAAUGAUGAUGACUCCAUUCAGUUUCCGGGAAUGACCCCUGGAUCUCCUUUACCUCGCCGUUCUGAUCCUCCAGCUCUUUGAUUUUCAUGUUUUUUUGUAAUUUUAUUCCCGUUAAGAUGUUUGGGGGUUUGCAUUUGAAAUACAAAUUGCUUUGUUUGUAUCUAUUUUGUUUCGAGUGAUCUAUUAUCUAUGUAUGUGUUUAUAUGUUUCUUCUUUCGGUUCCGUUUUCCGAUUUCUAUUAUUAUUUGACUUGGUCAAUGCUUUUCUCUUUCUUGAAACUAAUACUGGAUGAACACGACCAUUGCUACAAUAGAAAGAAGUUUGGGUCAAAAAAAUUAUUUACCAAAAAAAAAGAUAAACUACCCACGUACGUUGAAUACUCUCUCCUCUGCAUGUAUACUAAUUUUAUUUUCAUGUUUUUCUUUUAACUCUUAUGCGUUUCUUUCUUCUUUUGCCUCCACUUAGAGAAAAGGGGAACUUGACAUAACUUUUUUGCUCGUGCCUCCCCAUUGCUGGUAGCUGAGUCUCACUCUUUUUUUUAAAAAGUUCCCCUAUUAUAAUAAUUUAAGCUUUAUAAUUUUUUGCAGUCAUCAAGUAUUAGUGGAAUAGAAACGCAUGGCCACCAACAUUUACAAACCUCCGAUCAAACAGAAGCAUCUUUCUUAGAAAUUAAUUUUAAUGUACUUAAAUAUAUAUCAUCUAAAACAUAUUGGAUGUAAUAAUAAAUUAUAGAAUUUCUACAAAAUAACUUAUAAAAAUUCACGCGUAUUACCAGAUUUCAAAAAUUAAAAAUAGAAUACCAAAAUAGACUAAUGAGUAUAGAUAAGUUGGUGGGACCCACAAUAAGAACAAAUCCUAGCCAUAUAUACAAAUUAAAAGAGUACUUAUCUACAGAGAAUAACCAUAAAAAGUCACAACAAUAUAUAUCUAUAUCUAUAUAUAUAUAAUUAAACCCUUUGACAAAAAAAUAUAUCUAUAUAUAAACCUUAAACGUAGGGAGGGGUGUGAGGGGAGCUUAAGAUGUGCAGUAGUAACGUGGAAGAAGAGAAAAUAAGAAGAAGCAGAAAGAGAAGAGGAGACUGCAGAACAUUCUGCGAGGAACCGACUUACCGGACUCGGUGUUCUAUAUGUGGAAUAACAGAUGUGCUUGUCUACUGUGCUGCGGACGCCAAGUUCUUCUGCCAAGGAUGCGACAUAAGGGAACACUCCUCUAACUAUUGGUCUUGGAGGCACGUGCGCCGCAUGCUUUGUACGGUUUGCCAGUGUUUCAAUCGCACUUUAUUGAUCGAAAAUUUCCGCUACACUUUACCAGAGUUGACCAUCCCAAUUGAAGUACCACAAGCCGAAGUUGAAUUAAUCGAUGAGCCAAGCGAUCUUCUUGAUUCCGAUGAAGAUUAAUACUCUGUUUUGUUCUUUAUUAUAACAAGUGGAUGAAAAUAGCUUUAGGGUUUUGUUUUUGGGUCAAUGAGGGUAAUUUAAGCAUAUUGUUUGACAUGAAUCUUUUGUUGAUUUCAUUUGAUCAUUAUCAAAUACGAGGUUGUUAAUUUUAUUUAUCAAUUGACUCUAGACGAUGAAUGUGCUUAAGGCACAAUUUCCAUGAAUGAUUUACAUUAAAUUUAUUUCACCAUAAGUAUAAAUAACAUAUCACCAAGUUUAUCAUUUACUGACUUUCCAAAAGAAUAUUAUAUAAGAUUUUCAAAAAGAAGCCAGUAUCUCUUUUCCCCAGAUCAUAAAGUAUCUUUUCGGUGUUAAAAUUGCUAAAUCUAUAUUUUAAGUUAAAACUAGAUUUUGAUCCGCAUUUAGAAAGCGCGGAUUUGUUUUUUAAAUUUAAUAAUUUUUAAUAUAAAUUUUUAUAUAAGAUAGUUUAUAAGUUUGGUCAUAUUAUUCGGAACCGAAUAAUCAAUCCGUACCAAAUUGAAAAAAUGAAACUAAACUUGAACCAAAAUUUAUAAAUAACCGAACAUAUCAUAUAUAUCUAGAACCAAGAUAAAUAGAUACCUGAAUUUUUAAAAUACAAAUUAUAUACCUACAAAUAUUAAUUAUAUGUAAUUUCUAAAUAACCAAAUAUCUUAAAUAUACUAUUUAUAAGCUGAAUUAUCCAAUAAAAACAAAUUACUCAAACAUUUUUGUCAAAUAUUAAAAAAAAUAUCUUAAUAAGUCCUGAACAUUCAGUCUAAUUUUCCACUAAAAGGAACCAAAACACCAAUAAAUGGUAUCCACAGUCAAACUAGUAAACGCAGUCACCAUAUAUAAUAUAGUUUUAAUUUAAUAAAAAUCUAUUAUUUAAAAUCCUUUAAAAUCUAAAACUCAUAUUAACUCGUGAAUCUAUACCAGAUGACAUUGUAAAAAACUAAAAUAACAUAAUAAUAUUUUUCAAAUUUUUAUUAAAUUUCUCAUAUAAAUUUUACUAAGAUAUAAAAUUGAAUAAACUACAUUUUUUUAUGUUAUACAUUCUAGUUUAUAGGUUUUAUAAUGACUAUAUUAAGAUUAAAUUUUUGAGUUUUAGAAAUAAAAUUAUUAUUAAGUUGAGUAUAGUUGAGUUACCUAUAAAUGUUAAAAAUAAAUAAUAUAUUUUUUUAACAUAAAAACAUUCUAAAAAUGCUAUAAUUUCCUGAGAAAAUAUUUAUACAAAACUUGUCUCCUAAUAAACCCAGUUGUAAAAGAUUUUCAUCACAAAAAUAACUUAGGAAGGUUUUCAAAAAAAAGCUAUAGUUUUGAAAUAUAAUUAAGCUUGUUGUUGUACUGUGAAGUAUUUCUCUAAUCGUAAUUGGAAGUUAAUAUGUUUUGACCGUCGAAUGGUAUCAUGUUUUUAACUUUCUGUUAGCCGUACUUGCAUCAUGUUUUUAUGUUAAUUCGGGUCAUAAAAUAUUUAAUAUGAAUUAAAAGUAUGGUAUUGUUCAGAUUUUAAUUACCAAUAAAUUCAAAUAUUUUUAUAGUAACUGUUUUUGUUAAAGAAAAAUGAUCGUAAGUUGUAUGAUUAUUAAAUAAAUUAUAAAAUAAUCUGUUUUUUUAAUAGGUUUAGUGGCACAAAAGUAAUAUUCCAAAGAAAAAUAGGGGUAAAAUAUAUCAAUGAUUCUGAAUUAAUAAUACUGAUGUAUAAAUUUUUGGUGUAUUAUAGUAAGUUGAGUAUUAAAUAAGAGCAUUGGUUAUUUUAUAGUUAGAGAAAUAUAAGGUAAUUGAUUAGUGUAUAGUUAGAGAAAUAUAAGGUGAGACCAAAAAAAUAGUUAAGUUUAGUGAAUAAGUCCAAUAACCUUUCAUAAGUAGAUUUUUUGGGACUCCUUCCCUUUUAAUAGUAUAGAUUUUACGGUUAAAAUUUUACUUAUAUUAUGAGAAUUUAUGUCUGACUUUACUUCUUGUACGAUAUUGAAAUUUAAAAAAAUUGUAAAAUUAUAUUUUUUUUAAUGAUCAAGUAUAUGUGUUAUUUACAAAUAUUUAAUGUUAUAAUUUUAUAUAUUAAUUAAUUUUAUAUAUUUGACUUUCUGCAGUUUAGAUGCAAUUUAGCAAAAUAGUGACAAAAUAUCUUGAAACAAUUAACAAAUUAGAGAUGAAUUUCCGUUUGAAAGUCUAAAAAAUAAUAUAAAGGUCAAUGUUUAUAUAAAUCUUAUAUACAUGCAUAUCGUUUUGAUCUUGUUCUUUUCAAUAUUCAUUAAUUAAAUAAUACAAUAAACUAGUUGGCAGUAUUUGUUUUUCUUUUUGCCUUUCUGCUUUAAUUUUGUUACACGAUCCUGUUUGGGAUAAAUCCUAGCCAUAUAUACAAAUUAAAAAGCUUAUCUACAAGAAGAACAAAUAUAUAGAUAAGCGGAGGGGGAUUUGAGAGAGAGGUAAGGAAAAAAGAUGUCUAAUAAUAAUAACUUGGGAGAGAAAGAACAACUCCGAAGAAGUCUAAUUUGUAGGACAGUUUGCAAAAAAACGAGUGAGCCAUCGAAGUGUGGUGUGUGUGGAACAACAGAUGUGCUUCUCUACUGUGAUGCUCAUCGCGACUUCUUUUGCUUUGAGUGCGAUCGAUGGGAACACAAUUUCGACAACAACAUAUGGGCUUGGAGGCACGUGCGUAGGAUGAUGUGUUCGGUUUGUCACUGUUUUAGCCGCAAAAUAUUUGUCGAAAAUUGCUGUCUACCUUUGCCACCAUUGCAGGUCCCUACUAAAUUACCGCAGGCGGUGUUUGAGAUCAACGCAACGUUUUCUGAUUCUGAAGACGACGAGGAGAACGAUUAAUACCCGGUUAAUGUUUUUAGUGUUUUAUCUAUUAGUUAUCAGAUUGGAAUAAGAUCAUGAGUUUAGGCUUUUUUCUUUUGUUUUAAGUUUUCAACAAUUAAUAUUUUCAAUAUUUUUUUUGGUAGCUA